AUGAGAGUAUUAUCCCCUCGUCUAUCUUUUCUUUUCUUUUCUUUUCUUUUCUUUCUUUCUUUCUUUCUUUCUUUCUUUCUUUCUUUCUUUCUUUCUAAAUUUAAAACCAAACAGCCACAAAUUAAGCAUGGACAGCGGCUGCUGGAACUGUGCUGCCACCACGGACUGUACGUGACGAACACCUUCUUCAAGUGCAAAAAACGCCACAAAGUCUCUUGGACACACCUCCGUUCUCAACACUGUCACCAGCUCGACCUUGUCAUCACCAGGCGUGCAUACCUAAGGAGCGUUCUUCACACUCGAAGCUUCCACAGCGCAGACUGCGACACGGACCACUCCCUAGUAGGCUGCAAAGUGAGAUUGACAGCCAAGAGAAUACACCGCUCCAAAAGCAAGGGCUUCCCUCGCAUCAACACCUGUCGCUCCAAUGACCCUGAGAGUUCUCGCUGCUUCCAAACCACCUUUAGCGCGAAGGUCGACACAUCCUCCUUCGGUGACACUGACAUCGACAGUAAAUGGCACCACCUCCGUGAUGCCAUAUACACCUCAGCCCUUACUGCGUUCGGGAAGAAGGAUCGUCGAUAUGCGAACUGGUACGAAGCUUGCUGGGAUGAGAUGCAACCAGCCUCUGAAGCCAAGAGACAAGCACUUUUGGCCUACAAGCAAAACCCUUGUGUCAGUACCCGUGAUGCCCUCAGAGCUGAUCGCAGCAAGGCCCAGCAGAUUGCACGCCGCUGCGCCAACGACUACUGGCUGAACCUGUGCAGCAGAAUCCAGACAGUGGAAAUACAAUAG